GGGAUAUACGGAACCUCGCUCCCGUGCACGAGCAGCAGCCUUUUAUUUUAGGCUUGGAAGGAACCCCAAGGGAGAUGACGAGUGGGAGCCAGGCUCUCUGCAGCAAAACCUCUCUCACUACCCCUGUCUCCUCGUGCACCGCCCGAUUCAAUUUCCUUCGUCGGAUCGCCAAUCGUACUGUCCGGAUGGCUUCCCCCGACCCCUCCGGCCCUCCCCCUUCCUCCAAGAUGGACUCCGCCCCCGCCGCCACGGCGGCCGCCUCCUCCUCCGACGCCGGAGCCGGCGCAUCCUCCGUGUCCGCCUCCUCCGCAAUCGACUUCCUCCACCUCUGCCACCGCCUCAAGACGACGAAGAGGACGGGUUGGGUGCGCCGCGGGAUAGGGGACCCGGAGUCGGUGGCGGACCACAUGUACCGGAUGGGCGUCAUGGCCCUCAUCGCCGGCGACAUCCCCGGCGUAGAUCGAGACAGGUGCGUUAAGAUGGCAAUCGUGCAUGAUAUCGCUGAAGCCAUUGUUGGUGAUAUUGCUCCUUCUGAUGGUGUGCCAAAGUUGGAAAAGAGUCGGAGAGAAAAAGAAGCACUGGAACAUAUGUGCAGCGUACUUGGUGGAGGAUCUCGAGCUAAGGAAAUUGGCGAGUUAUGGAUGGACUAUGAAGAAAAUUCUUCUCCAGAAGCGAAGGUUGUCAAGGAUUUUGACAAGGUUGAGAUGAUACUUCAAGCUCUAGAAUAUGAAAAGGAGCAAGGAAUUAACUUGGACGAGUUUUUCCUGUCAACUGCAGGCAAAUUUCAGACUGACAUUGGCAAGGCUUGGGCAUCCGAGAUUGCAUCAAGAAGAAGAAAGGAAGAAUAGCACAGAACUUGGGCAUCACUGGAAAGGAGGAUAGCCAUUCUUAAUGGAACAUCGUGCCCAGAUUUUUUUUUUUGACUAUUUUUUUGCGUUCUCUUACACACCUCCACAUAUGCCUUAUGUUAGGCUUGUCGGUGCACGUCCACUAAAAACUGAAGUGGACUAAGGAAUUCCAAAGCUGCAGAACUCUUCAAUGUGUUGUAUUUUUGAAAUUGACCCCGACAAUGGAUUGCUCGUGGAUAUGGCUUGGACGCCUUUUAUAAACAGGAGCUGACAUUUAUUACCGUAUGCUGGAGGGGGUAUUCUUGUAGUGAUUCAAGUUCAAAUCCUCUCGAUUCAUAUCUUCAUUGAAAGGCUAA